UUCAUUCCUUUUUUAACCCCCCUCACUUCUCCCCCUCCUCUCUUCCAGGAAGCACAUCAUCAUCUUCAUCUUCUCCAACAUUUCUAGAGAGAGAAACUGAGAUUCUAGAGAGAGAAAGUAAGAUAUGGAAGGUGAAACAAGAUCAAGAUUCAAGAGAAUAUGCGUCUUUUGUGGUAGUAGCUCAGGAAAGAAACCAAGUUACCAAGAAGCUGCCAUUGAGCUUGGAAAAGAACUGGUGGAAAAAAGGAUUGAUUUAGUGUAUGGAGGUGGGAGCGUGGGUCUGAUGGGUCUUGUUUCUCAGGCAGUUCAUGAUGGUGGGCGCCAUGUUCUAGGAGUUAUACCAAGGACGCUAAUGCCACGAGAGAUAACUGGUGAGACAGUAGGCGAAGUGAAAGCAGUGGCUGAUAUGCAUGAAAGAAAAGCUGAAAUGGCUCGUCAAGCUGACGCCUUUAUUGCUCUUCCAGGUGGCUAUGGCACUCUUGAAGAACUCCUUGAAGUUAUCACAUGGGCUCAACUCAAAAUCCAUCACAAACCCGUUGGUUUGUUGAAUGUGGAGGGUUACUAUAACUCAUUGCUGUCGUUCAUAGAUAAGGCGGUUGAUGAAGGUUUUAUCUCACCAACUGCCCGCCGGAUUAUUGUCUCAGCCCCCACCGCCGGUCAACUCGUCAGACAGCUAGAGGAAUUUGUGCCGGAGUAUGAUGAAAUUGCAGCAAAGUUGACGUGGGAUGAGGUGGAUAGACUAAAUUAUGUGCCGGAGGCCGGAGUUCCGACGUAGGUGGUGGCAAUGGAUGGUGGAGUUUUUUUGGGUGAAAUUAGUAGUGGGGUUUAUACAGUUUGGGGUAUAUAUGAAUGAUAUAUAUACAGACUUAUGAUAUGGUACAUCUCCAGGGGCAUUUUUGGUAUUUUGGCGGAUUUAUAUCCUUUACAAAAC